CUGCUCAUCUGCAAAAUUCGCACUCAUGGAAGGCACCAAAGCUUUCCUCGAGCUAGCGCUCGUGAUGGCUUCUGCGCUCUGCGCGAUCACUCCGCUCCCGCCGGUCGGCGCCCAGAUCAGCACGCCGUGCUCCGCGUCCAUGAUCUCAAGCUUCACGCCCUGCUUCAACUUCAUCACCGGGAGCAGCGCGAAGGGGGGGUCCCCCUCCUCCGACUGCUGCAACUCCUUCAAGUCGCUCCUGCAGAGCAGCCUCGACUGCACCUGCCUCGUCGUCACGGCCAACAUACCCAUCCCGCUGCCCAUCAACCGGAGCCUUGUGCUCUCGCUCCCCCAAGCUUGUAACGGCGGCCUUCCAUUGCAGUGCAAAGCAUCCGGUUCGCCCCUUCCUGCUCCAGGUCCAGUAAUGUUUGGCCCAACUCAUGCACCUGCAGCUUCUUCACCCCAUCAUCACGAAGCUGUUUCCGGUUCUCCACAUGUAGCUCCUUCUCCAUCGUUUAGCUCCCGAGCUUCCAAAGCAGUAGCAGCAUCACCACCAACGCUAGCGCCUGAAUCCGACACGACAUCGGAUGAGGCACCGGCUUAUUCGCCGGGGGGAUCAGUCGGCCCGUCAAGAACCCCCGGUGUCCGGCCCGUCCUGAACCCGUUUUCUUCGGCGUCUAGCCCAGCUCACCUUUCUUUACCAUCCCUCGUCCUAAUUUUUGUAGGUGCUGUUGUGUUCAAAUCCGAUUGAGUGAUCUAAUGCUCUCCCCAUCUGUUGAUAUGCGUCUUUGUACGAAAGUGCAUGCACAUGCACGCACAUGUUCAUUAUGUGGCAACCAUGGAUAGUGUCUUGCUUAAA